AAAAGCCAGAAGCAUAAUGUGGCUCACAAGGAGACAUUCAAUCUUGAAAAGGAGUUUUCCUGUCAGAUCCUUUUCCCUUCUCAAUUUGUCAUACUAUGAUGGGUCGGAGAGACAGAGAGAGUACACCCUAGCUUACCUUGAGAGAAUGAUGAAAACCAUGGAGAAUAUGCAAGAGGAAAGAUUCUUUGAUUAUGAAAGAAGAAAGGCCAAAUAUGACCCAAAAACCGGUAAAAUUGAGUUACUCAGAUUCACCUUAAAGCCAGAAAAGAAGAUUAUUAAAAAUUUUGAUGAUAUGCAAAGGGAAAAAGCAGAAUUGAGUAAAGAGCUCAAGCUUAGCGCUAAAGAUGUGGAAUCAGCAUCUGAAGAUGAGCUUGCUAAGAGAUAUGAACAAUUAUAUGAGAGAACAGAGGAGGGGUACCUCAUUAAUAGAGCUGAUUUCUAUGCUGAAUCGAUAGAUAAAAUGAGAAUCGAUUGCGGCUUGAUCGUCCAAAGGCCUCCAAUCUUUCUCUAUCAACAUAAAUUUGAUAGAGAUUGGCUAGUGUUUAAAAACAAAAUUACUAAUGAAUAUGAUUUUGACCUCAAGAAAUAUUACAAAGAAAUAAAGGAAGACGCUUCAUUAAUGGAUUCAAUGUUCGCUAACAAUCCUUAUAUAAGUUUAAACAACAUUGAUAAUCUCCCAUCACAUGAGCAAAAGAUGCCAGAUGGGACUGUAAAGAGAUAUUGCGCUUCAUCAAAGCAUUGGAAGAAGGUAGAUCCAGCUGUCACAGAUAAUAAGAGUCUGCAUUACUGUGCUCAACAAAAGAUCUAUCUCCUUCUCAGGAACAAAUACACUGGGAAAUGGGAGUUCCCAUCGACUGCUGUCUUCGGUACAGAAAGUUUUAUGGAAGCUAGGAAGGAAUUCUUUGCUACACUUAGUGAUAACAAAUGGUUUGUUUCCCACAAGAAUAGCAUGCCUAUAGUAUCAACUCUUAGACCCUUCACGGAACAUGAAAAGAAAGAUGAGAAGAAUGUCUACCUUCAUGGAGUGAGAACUUACUACUUUAAUGCUUAUCAUCUAAGAGGCCUUACUGAUAUGUGCUUAGAAGAUACUGACUGGGACGAUUUUGUCUGGGCAUCUAAAGCAGAUAUGAACAAGUAUCUCUGCUCGAGGAGAUUUGGAAUCUUCAAUGAUAUUCUUGAGCAUCGUUAAACACUCAGUAAUA